UUUGCUGUUCGUUGGUGUUGAACAUGUCUGGUCGCGGGAAAGGCGGAAAAGGCUUGGGAAAAGGGGGAGCGAAAAGACAUCGAAAGGUGCUUCGGGAUAACAUCCAAGGCAUCACGAAGCCGGCUAUCCGCCGUUUGGCUCGCCGCGGUGGCGUGAAGCGAAUUUCUGGCUUGAUCUACGAAGAAACGCGUGGAGUGUUGAAGGUUUUCCUGGAAAACGUGAUCCGCGAUGCUGUGACUUACACCGAGCAUGCUAAGAGGAAAACCGUGACGGCCAUGGACGUGGUGUACGCGCUGAAGCGCCAAGGCCGCACUUUGUACGGCUUCGGGGGCUAAUUUCUAGACAAAAAAAAACAACGGCCCUUUUAAGGGCCACCCACAAUUCCUGAAAAAGAGUUGUAGCAUAUAAAAAUCUUUUAUUAGUAAUGGCUAUGUAAGUAAGGUUUAUAUUCUCUCCUCGGAUCUUUUUUCUAGAGACUUGUCUGGAAUUUGUAGGUUUUAACAUUUUAUAGCUAAAUGGGGAUUCUUCAAUCUAGAAGAAAAACAGUUCAGAUGUAUUUUGAAAAAACACCCUUGCUAUAACUAUAGCAUUUUUAUAUAUUGAGUGCUA